CACAUGACGGACGAAUCCAGGAAGUAUUUUGGUUCUACAAGGCGGAAGCGUAUAAUUUACAGAACCUGAAAGUGUUUUAGCAGAAAACGUUGUUAACGAGGAGCAACACGGUUACAACUCACUGUUCUCCAGGCGGAGCGGAUAUUGGCUUUCGUUGCUGGUAGGCCGGUCACUCCACCACUGCUGUCCUGAUCCAGUUCUUACUAGUGGGAGUUUGGUUUCUGACCUCGCUCACCAACAGUGCCUGUGUGUCCAGACUCGGCUCCUGCCACUGUACCUCGUUCACUUGUCCUUUCAGCCCGUUUCAGACCAUCUCAUCCAUAACAGUUCCUGUCUCUGUCAAUGGCUGGCCGCGGUGGAGGAGCAACCAGGCCUAAUGGUGCCACAGUAGCAAACAAAAUCUGCCAGUUCAAACUGGUGCUGCUGGGGGAGUCGGCUGUGGGCAAGUCCAGCUUAGUGCUGCGCUUUGUCAAAGGCCAGUUUCAUGAAUUCCAGGAGAGCACCAUUGGAGCUGCUUUCCUCACUCAGACUGUCUGUCUGGACGACACCACUGUGAAGUUCGAGAUCUGGGACACAGCAGGUCAGGAGCGCUACCACAGCCUGGCUCCAAUGUACUACAGAGGCGCUCAGGCAGCCAUCGUGGUCUACGACAUUACCAACACAGACACUUUUGCACGAGCGAAAAACUGGGUGAAGGAGCUGCAGAGACAAGCCAGUCCGAACAUAGUGAUCGCUCUGGCUGGAAACAAGGCGGACAUCGCAAACAAGAGAGCUGUAGAGCUUCAAGAGGCACAAGCAUACGCUGAUGACAACAGUCUACUCUUCAUGGAGACCUCGGCCAAGACUGCCAUGAAUGUCAAUGAAAUUUUCAUGGCUAUUGCAAAGAAGCUGCCGAAGAGUGAUCCUCAGGGUGGAGCUGGACAAGCGGGGCGGACCAGGACGGGAGUGGAUCUACAAGAACCUGCUCCUCAGGGGCGCAGCGGCCACUGCUGCGGCGGGGGCAACUAGCAAGUAUGAAACAGAGAACUUAGUGAGCGAGCCCUGAACAUCGUUUUAAGGAUGGCACGUAGCUAAAUCCCAGAGAGGCAGGAGAGGGCAGAGCCGCUCGCCAUUCCUGCGCUUAAACUGAGAUUACAGAUGAGAUUAUCUGGAUCCUCUUUGAUUUAAGGAACAUUUUUUAAAAAAGAAUCAUAAGCUAGAGGGAAUUACCGAGAUCCCUCACUCCUUCUCUUCUGUCUUUCCCCCCCCAUCUAUCUACCUCCCUGUUCAUCUUUAGCUUCUGUCUCAGUUGAUUGAAUUCUGUCUUCAGUAGUUCUUCAAAGGGUGAUGCUGAGGUUGUUUGCCAUUUUCACUAUUUGUUGGAGUGUGUGUCUGUGUUACGCAUGUGUAUGCAUAUGCUCCAUACACAUGCAGGUUUAUUGGCAGUUUACUUUUCUGCUCUUGUCAUUUCCCUCUUCAUUGAUCAUCAUUAUGAAAGACACAAGACAAUACCCAUCUGUUUUUGCUGAAGUUGCAAUGACAGAGCACUUAAUCGUGAGGAUUUUUGUCUUAUUGCGAUUUAGAUUGCAGCAACCUGGUCAUGGUGCAGUUAUAAGAAAAAAAAACUUGAGACUUGGCUAACUGGAGCUGGUCGUGAAUUAACAGGCUACACAUCUGAUGAUGUUUCUGAACUGUCCAACAAAUGCAUUUGUUUGCAUUCACUGUGUAUUGAUACCUGUAACACCAGAGUUGUUAGCCUUUUUUUAAAAAAAAAAAAAAAGAAAUGUGAAAAUAACUUGUAAAUCUAGUAAUAAAUAACAUACAAGAUUCA